UUAAACUUCUGAAAUAUUUUUAGGCUUAUAGAAAUGAAGAAUCUCUGAUAAAACAUGUUGAGAGGUAUUGGAAAACGCAGGCUGCUAACUACCCUCUCCCAAAUUCGAGCACAUUCUACAACUCUCGAUCCGGAAUGGGAGAAACUGGCUCGAAAACAGCUGAAAGGAAAAGAUCCUGCAGAGACACUGACCUGGCACACUCUGGAGGGACUGAAGGUAAAGCCUGUGUACACUGAGCAGGACAGGGAGGGAAAGGAGCCGGAGAUACCGGGCAAGUACCCCUUUACUCGCGGUCCAAAUGCCACCAUGUACGCUGGCAGACCCUGGACUAUACGCCAAUAUGCUGGGUUCAGUACGGUCGAGGAAAGCAACAAGUUCUACAAGAAGAACUUGGCAGCGGGCCAGCAAGGGCUGAGUGUAGCAUUCGACCUGGCAACCCACAGAGGGUACGACUCAGAUAACCCCCGUGUAAUGGGAGAUGUGGGUAUGGCUGGUGUAGCUGUGGACACUGUUGAGGAUAUGAAGCUUGUUCGAGGGAAUCCCCUGGAAAAGAUAUCCGUGUCUAUGACAAUGAAUGGGGCUGUGCUGCCUGUAUUAGCCAUGUUCAUUGUAGCGGGUGAGGAGCAAGGUGUUCCUGUCAGUAAACUUACAGGAACUAUACAGAAUGAUAUUCUCAAGGAGUUCAUGGUGCGGAAUACGUACAUUUACCCUCCCAAAGCUUCCAUGCAGAUCAUAGCUGACAUAUUUGCAUAUUGUGCAGAACAUAUGCCAAAGUAUAACAGUAUCUCGAUAUCCGGAUACCACAUGCAGGAGGCAGGAGCAGACACUGUCACAGAGCUGGCCUACACUAUCGCUGAUGGGCUGGAAUAUUGCCGAGCUGGCGUCAAGUCUGGACUUGAUAUCGAUGCCUUUGCCCCCAGACUAAGUUUCUUCUGGUGUAUUGGAAUGAACUUCUACCUGGAAAUAGCCAAGUUUAGAGCAGGUCGUAGACUCUGGGCACAUCUUGUAAAGGAGAAGUUUGGAGCAAAAUCAGAGAAAAGUUUGUUGUUAAGAUGCCAUUCUCAAACAAGUGGCUGGUCAUUGAGAGAGCAAGAUCCCUACAACAAUGUUAUGAGAACAUGUAUUGAAGCAAUGGCAGCAGUGUUUGGGGGCACUCAAUCCCUUCACACAAACUCUUUUGAUGAAGCUCUGGGACUCCCAACACCUUUCUCAGCUAGAAUAGCUAGGAACACGCAACUGAUAAUACAGGAAGAGACAGGCAUUACAAAAGUAGCUGAUCCUUGGGGAGGGAGCUACAUGAUGGAACAACUCACUAAUGACAUGUACGACGCUGCAAUGGAGCUGAUUAAAGAGGUAGAGGAUCUGGGUGGUAUGACAGAAGCGCUGAGUGCUGGCAUUCCCAAGAUGAGGAUCGAGGAAUGUGCUGCAAAGAAGCAGGCAAGGUUUGACUCGGGGAAGGAUGUAGUGGUGGGGGUUAACAAGUACAAACCAGAGAUCAUAGAGGAAGUGGAUGUUUUGAGCAUUGAUAACACUGACGUGAGAACCAAACAGAUUGCAAAGUUAGAAAAGAUAAAGGCAGCUAGAGACGAUGCUCUUGUUAAAGAAUCUUUAGCAAAGAUAACUGAUAUUUGUGGUGGUGGUGAGGGUAAUCUACUGGGUGUAGCUGUUGAAGCAGCUCGAGCUCGUGCUACAGUGGGCGAGAUAUCUGAUGCUAUGGAGGUGGUGUUCCAGAGGUACACAGCUUCAAUCAGGAUGAUAUCAGGAGUAUAUAGCUCCGAAUACGGAGAACACGAUGAUAUAACCAUAGCCAAACAGAGGACCUUACAGUUCCUUGAAGCUAACGGUAGGAGACCUCGUAUACUAGUCGCUAAAGCUGGACAGGAUGGUCAUGAUCAAGGACAAAAAAUAAUCGCCACAGGAUUUUCAGACAUCGGAUACGAUGUGGACAUCGGCCCUCUGUUCCAAACUCCCCGAGAAGUAGCCCAGCAAGCUAUAGAUGCAGAUGUGCAUGUUGUGGGGGUGAGCUCCCUUGCUGCUGGACACAGGACCCUGGUACCAGAGCUCAUCUGUGAGCUGAAGGAGAUGGGGCGGCCCGAUAUAGUAGUGAUAGUGGGGGGUGUCAUCCCUCCGCAGGACUAUAACGAUCUCCACAAAGCUGGAGUUGCUAAAGUGUUCGGUCCGGGAACCAGACUCCCUCUAGCUGCUGCUGAGACUCUGGAUGUUGUGGAGAGCAGAGCUUUCCCUGACAAAGUCUCCGCGGAAAAUAAGUGAUUUUAGAGUUUUUAAAAACAUUGGACUGCUGAAAUGAUUUUUGCGGCUCUACAGUAUUAGAUCUUCCCAUUUCCACCCUCUUUUUGUCAACAAACUAUGUAGCUACCCUUGGAAAUCGUGACCCGUUUUUACUUUUUUACUGAUUCAGAAAUAAUGUUUAGAAAGAUGCUAGGAAUUAGGAUGUUAAUAACUUUGUUAUCUAGUCCUAGACGGCUUUGUUUGUAUAAUUUGCUUUUAUUGUGCUAUGUAGUUAACGAGAUUAUUUAUUA